AAAAUAUCGUAAUCUUUGACCCAACGCAACCAGAAUUGUUCAUUUUAACCCAACAAAUUGUAUUGUUUUUGACUAUUUGUGUAUUACAUUGCAGACUAGACUCUUCAAUAGUUUUCAUACAGCGAUUAAAACGUAGAUCUAAUUAUUGUAUAUAGUACGUAAAAUUAAAUGCAAGAAGUCAUCUCUUCUCUUUCUCACUCUUUUCUUUUGGAUAAGAUGGUCAGUAAAACUCUUAAUCAGGUAACAUCAUGAAAGUCACUUUUGAAUUAAAUUUAAUUUCGUCCUAUUGUUUUGGGAUAAUAUUUAUUUCUUGUAAUAAAUUUUUUAAAAAUUUACCGGAAAAAACUCAAAAAUAAAUAAUUUGACAUAUAAUCAGUCUUUUCCAAUAAAUUGUUUUGUCUUAUUGUAUGAAUAUGAAUCCGACUCUGUCAAUGAUUUGGCAGGUCUCAGUAGAAAAUAGUACCAAAGGCUUAUGUUGUAAUGCAAUCUAUUGCUAUAUUUAAUUCAUUUAAGAAGCAUUAAGAGACGAUACUGUAGUACACUUUUGGAGUUUUCUGAAUCCUCUGACUCGUCGGAAGGGUCUUGUACUCUUUCAAGCUUUCUACAUAUACAUGACUUGUCUUUCCCUUUCACUUGCCAGCAAAGAGAAAUGUAGCAGAAAGGCUCCUGCUAUGAGGCUAGAAGGGGAAGAUGAGUUUCAAGAGGAAGAUGUGUGGUCAGUUUUGAGAGAAGCAAAAACUCCAGGUCAUGAAAUUAAAGUACCCAAAAGUCAUUUUACUUCACCAUCUUCACCUACUUCUUUUACAUCUUCACCGUGGAACAUUCAUAGAAGCAAGGAGGUCUCAGGGGAAAAACAGUCAUCUGCACCUAUGAAUGUUCCUGAUUGGUCCAAGGUUUAUGGUAACGCAAAGAGCAAGGAGAGGACUAUUCAUAAUUUGCAUUCUCGCGAUGAAGAUGAUGAUGAUGGUUGCAUGGUUCCUCCACAUGAAUGGGUUGCAAGAAAGCUAGCGAAAACACAGAUCUCAUCUUUCUCUAUGUGCGAAGGAGUUGGAAGAACACUCAAAGGAAGAGAUCUAAGCAAAAUGAGAAAUGCUGUUUUGACAAAAACUGGAUUCUUGGAGCACGGACUGGAGGACAGGCGAGGAUCGGAUCCGGUAUGAACGGAUGGUCUCAAGGGGCCGGCUACUCGUCUAGGGCUUCUUGGUUGCGAUUUGUACCUGAGACAAAUAAGAACUUUUUAUGAGUUUUUUUCUUUUUAGAUUUCUGAUGAACUGGAAACAAAGAACAACUAUAUGAAUGAUUUUUAUGAGGUUUUU